AUGUUCUCGAUGAGGUUUGACUCCGGAGAGGUUGAGCAGAAGAUCCGCGCCGUUCAUCGGCUUCUGCUGAGACAUAACUAUGAGGUGCGGAUGGUGGAAGCUGGAGCUGGGGAUGAUUUCGGCGAUGACCCCUUACGGUUUCUGCUUGACUUAAAGAGGAACGGCGGUGUGAUGCUUGCCGUGUGCACGGCGCAUUACGCAGAGAUGACUGCUUCAAGGUAUUCCUCUCACGAGGAACUGAGAUACUGCCAUGAGCACCGCAUCCAGGUGCUUCCACUUCGCAUGGAUGACAUUUAUCCUCCUGAGCCGCCGUGGGGGCCAAGCCACCCCUAUGACGAAAUGGGCCGAGCCGAAGCUCUAGUCUCACUUGCAUUGCCUCCGAGCCUUCCGUAUGUUGACUGCAGAGGGAAGACUGUGGAAGAGAUCGCUUCAGGGAUUGCGGCCAGGCUUCGUCGAAGCUAG